AUGCCUACUAGUAACCAAAUCAACAUUAAUGAUAUUCAGCCCAAUCGAAUGCUUUCAGAAUCAAAUAUGAGGGUUAUAAACAAUAAUGAACAUACGAUCGGCCAGUCGGCCCAGCAGCAACAACAACAACAACAACCGCAGCAGCAGCAGCAGCAGCAGCAGCAGCAAUAUCUCAGCCAGGGUGUUCAACCUCUGGUGCCUGUAUCAUACCAAUAUGUAGUUCCUGAACAAUGGCCGUAUCCACAAUACUACCAGCAAUCACAACCGCAACCGCAAUCUCAACAGCAACAGCAACCACAAAUGUGUCAAGUUCAAGAACCUUACCAGAGGAAUAGUUCUGAUUCGAACGGCUCUAACCCGUCGUCCACAUCAGUAGCUAUUUCCUCCGCCGUCAGUGGUGCUGCUUUGUCCAACGCUUCUGGUCCUGCCAUCGGUGGCAAUAGCAACAGCAAUAACAGUAACAGUAACAGCAGUAGCAACGUGCCAUACUACUAUUACUUCCCACAGAUGCAAGCCCCCCAAUCAAUGGCUUAUUCGUACCCUCAAGCGUAUUAUUAUUAUCCUGCAAAUAGUGAUGGGACUACUAAUCCUAACGGCAUAGCAUCAUCUGUAACUAAUAUUCAAAAUCAAAACUCUGACACGGAGAAAAAUUACUCGGCGUUUGAGUUACAGCAGCAACAACAAUUACAAGCUCAAUCUUAUCCAUCGCAAGCACCAAAAAUCAGUAAUGUAUUUUCAAAGUCGCACAAAUCCGGACCUCCUUCAGAUACUUCCACUGGUUCAAUAUCUCCUAGUUCCAACCGUACCAGUCGCAACAGCAAUGGAGCUGUAUCACUAACACAACAACUUCCGAUGCCAAACUAUCCAAAACCUUCCACAUAUCAAUUUCCUGGAUUCCAUAAGACUUCCUCGAUCUCAAACUCACAUUCACCCAUCCCUCCCAGGCCUUUAACGACGCCUACCCAAGUCCCAGUAAUUUCUCAAAAGGAUGCAGUAAAUUACAAUCACCCCCAGAUGGGCUUACUACCUCAACAACAAGUAAGUCCAUUAUAUGAUGGGAACUCCAUAACACCACCCGUCAAAACCACGACGGAUCAAGAAGCUUAUUUGACUGUAAACAGACAAGGGAAAACUGACCAACAAUAUGAUCCAAUGGCUAAAGCCAUGAAUUCCUUUCAAACAACCACCAUAAGACAUCCAAUGCCCGUAAUAGCCGCCGCCAACGAUCCGAGCGGUAGCAAUAGUGGGUCUGCAAAUAUAAUAAGACCAAGAGUAACGACAACUAUGUGGGAGGAUGAAAAGACGCUUUGCUACCAAGUCGAAGCUAACGGGAUUUCGGUGGUAAGAAGAGCAGAUAACGAUAUGAUUAAUGGUACCAAGUUACUUAACGUAACUAAAAUGACAAGAGGUAGAAGAGACGGUAUUUUAAAGGCAGAAAAAAUUAGGCAUGUGGUGAAAAUCGGCUCUAUGCAUUUAAAGGGUGUUUGGAUACCGUUUGAGCGUGCCUUGGCAAUAGCACAAAGAGAGAAAAUUGCCGACUAUCUAUAUCCUUUAUUCAUCAAGGAUAUCCAGAGUGUACUAAAGCAAAACAAUAUUAGCAAUGACAGCACUAGCAGCAGUAGCAGUGCUGCUGGUAUAAAAUCAAUUAGCCCGCGAACCUAUUAUCAACCCAUUGAUAAUUAUCAGGGUGCUAAUGCCCCAACAACCGCAUCUGCUGCCCAAUUGGCUUACUCCUCGAUGAACUUGAAUAGUAAAAGUGUACACAAUAAUCCCAUUUCAACUGUAACUGCAAUUGCGGCGGGUCAACGACCAAUGAGUCAGUAUCCAAUUCCCAAUAUGAAUCAAACUGACGUCUUCACAAUGGCCAAUGCACAGAAUCUUUCUACAACGAUGCCGAUGAAACAGCAGGACAAUAGGAUAGUUUCGCCAUUAUCAUACCCUCGGAAUACCGUGAUAAGUCCCGUGAGUAGAUUAGGCAACACAUCUAGUGCUUCAAGGGUCUUCACACUCUCUCCACACACAACAAGCACAAACCAAGCAUCUGAAACAAACGUUGGGAGCCUUCAUACAGGAAUUACUCUUCCGAGAGUGGGAUCUGAGUCGGAAUCGCGUUCGGAGGGUUCAGAGGAAACUGACGGUAACGACAAGGUUGCGGAUAAUGAAAACACAAAAGAGUCACGGUCGAGCCAACUGCCGAUCUCUGCAUUGACAUCAACAUACACAGGUACAGGAACAACAAGCACUAGCCAAGACAUCGCGCAUUCAAAUGAGCCUACGGAAAUAGAACCAGUCAAGGAACAAGCCUCUUUCAAAUCGCAAGCUGGUAACCCCGAAGGCGUUUUCAAAAAGGUAACAACCACUAAUGAUAUAAAGAAACAAGAGUGA